CUGUCGGUUCUCGGAACAGGCAUGAGUACAGUGUUAUCGCGUUAUCAGGAGGAUGUUAUCAUCGCCGAUAAGCGGCUUGAGCCGCUCCCAACACUCUGUAGUAAGUGACUGUGCUACAACAUGGCGGCCUCGGAGAAACUCGAGAAGAGCAUCAGUACCAUCAAAUAUUUCCUCUUCUGUUUGGAUAUUGUGACUUUCGGUCUGGGACUCACAGUGCUUGGUCUCUCAGUGUGGCUAUGGGUGGAGGACGAGUUCUCGGAUAUCAUCGACUACCUAAACAUAUCCAUUGUAUAUCUCGGGCUCUAUAUCAUCAUGCUGAAGUCUCUCCUCGUAGUUCUUGUGUCUCUCUUCGCCUGCGCUGCUGCGCUUCUUGAAAAUGUGUUCUUCCUUUUGAUUAAUAGUAUAGCCCAACUGGUACUGUUCGUUGUUGGCCUGUUGGGAGCUGCUGUGCUGCUCACCUUUACAACCGUGGGUUCCAGUAUCCAGUCAGACAUAAACAACUCCAUGGUGAACUACACCUGCUCUUAUAUUUACAGAAUAGUAUACUGCUGUGCUGCUCACCUUUACAACCGUGGGUUCCAGUAUCCAGUCAGACAUAAACAACUCCAUGGUGAACUACACCUGCUCUUAUAUUUACAGAAUAGUAUAGCCCAACUGGUACUGUUCGUUGUUGGCCUGUUGGGAGCUGCUGUGCUGCUCACCUUUACAACCGUGGGUUCCAGUAUCCAGUCAGACAUAAACAACUCCAUGUAUCCAGUCAGACAUAAACAACUCCAUGGUGAACUACACCUGCUCUUAUAUUUACAGAAUAGUAUAGCCCAACUGGUACUGUUCGUUGUUGGCCUGUUGGGAGCUGCUGUGCUGCUCACCUUUACAACCGUGGGUUCCAGUAUCCAGUCAGACAUAAACAACUCCAUGGUGAACUACAUCUUAUGGUACCCUAACAGUGACUGGGCCAACGGCCGACUCAGCGAGAUACAAGAAAAUGUCGGGUGCUGUGGAGGCUCAGGUCCUAAUGACUAUGUGACACGUUGGAAACCGCUGCCCACUGAAUGUCGAGACUCCGUCACCGGCAAUGCCUUCUUCUACGGCUGCAUGGACGAGGUCACGUGGUACCUUGAAGGUCGCUGCUAUUGGAUCACCGGACUUACAAUUCUCCUCUGUUUCUUCCACGUUCUGAAUGCUGUGUGCAGUUUUAUUCUUCUGCAAGCUGUAAGAAAAGAAGAAGAGGAAUCUGGAGGACGUUAUAAAUAAGAUGAAUAAUGUUAGAUUAGAUAAUGUAUUUAAGUACAAACAUUUCAAAGACAGAUGCAAUUAUUAACUAUCUUUUCUCAAAGAGAAGCCAUGACCAACGUAUUCGAGUUGUUACAAGGAGAGGGGCAAUCUUGUGUUCUAGAAAUUCUACGAAAAUUUUAAUAGUUUAUAUAACUGCAGUGCUACUUUUUUAUUUAAUGCUAUUUUUAACUUUCGUGUAUUUUAUAGUUUUAUGUUGCAGUAGUCCAUAGAGUAGUAAUAUUAAAAUGUAGGCUUUA